CCACAAAUUUCAGUUCAAACAAAUAAAAUAAAAAACUGGUAGAUAUUCGUCGCCGGCGACACCACAUCUCCCAUCGCAAAUAGAACCUUUUGAAAUUUCAAAGAAGCUGAUGCUCUGUCUUCUACGACACGCUUUUGAAAUUUCAAAGAAGUUGAUGCUCUGUCUUCUUCGCUUCGGCGAUACCGUCAAAACCCAUAUAUAACCUCUUACCCUUCUCAAUUCCCAAUAUCAAAUCUAUAACAAUGGCUUCCAUCUAUACCUGCAUCGAAUGCGGUACCAAUCUCAACCUGAGCACCGCUUGUCUCUACCCACCAGACUUCUACUUCGAGGCUGGGAACAAAGGGACACUCUCUUUCUCCUCGAUCGACUCUACAAAAUUCAAGUUCGAAAAGGAAGAUAAGAUCAGACCUUUCUUUGAAACGCUUAAUUACUGGGGAAUUCAAAGAAAAAGAACCAAGAUUAUUUGUAAUAGCUGCGGUAGACUUGUGGGUUAUGUCUACGAUGAUGGGCCUCCUCUUACAAACAGUACUGGUCAGUUUCAUAUGGGUCCUAGCCAGGUCAUCCCUCGGGCACCCAGGUUUCGGUUCAAAACCAAAGCUCUUAGGAUCACGUCAGAGACUUGAGUCGAGAAUGGGUUCUGGGUUUAAUGGGUAUUGUAUAUUUGAUGAGCUCAAUAGCUGUAUAACUUCUGUUUUAUGUUUUAGUUUUGUAUGAAUAUGUUUGUGAUAGAAAAAAGAAUAAAUUCAAAGAUCGUUUUUUUAAGACGUUA